AAGGCAAAAACUCCAAUGGUGUUGUUCUUCAGGUUUGGCUAUAUGUCUUCAUCCAAGUCUCAGCUUAUGAACAGUCUGAUCAAUGAGAAACACAACACAUUUUUCCACAGGAACUGCCCAGGCAGCAGCAGAACCAGAGUCCUGAUGGAUGGAGUGGUGGAGAUCGCCUGGUUCUGCCCCUCUGGGAAAGACACAGACAAAUUCACUGACUGUGUUGCAUUCUGUAAUCUGCACGGGGAUGCAAGAAAACAUGAGAAACAGCUGCAGAUCCUCACUGAAAUGGCCUCUGUGAACGUUGUCCUUCUACCACAACUUGACAGGAAUGACAGAAGUGCAACAAUAAUUCAAAAUUUGUACACAAACAUAAAGCCACUUAUUUGUCUUUUUACGAAGGAUGAAUCUACUGUAACUGAGAUGAAGAAAGGGAAAUUCAAAAUUGGUUUGGAAGACAGAAAUGAGUCUGAUGUAUCUGAAGAACUGAGAACAACUAUAAAUGAUUGUCUCUCAGAAUCAAAUUCCACUUUCAGACUUGAAGAUGUGUGCAAACACUCAGACAUCAGAGUAGAUGAGGAAGAUGAUGAAGACUGCAGGAGAGGAAGAGAAGCAGCACAGCAGAUGAUUCAAUUACUGGAGAAUAAAGAUCUGACAGAAAUCAAAGAAUCAUUUAUUCCCCAUCAGGGGAAACUGUGGCAUCAGUGGAGUCAGAAGAACAAAGAACUACACCGACCUCAAGGAGAUGAGACAGAAAUGGACAUUAGUAGAAAACAAACAGACUUGAAGAAAAUCCGUGAACAGCAGCAUGAAUCUGACAUCAGUGAGUUCUUGAAGCUCUUUAUUAAAGAAAUGACAUCAGAUGAUGAACAUGAGAAGACUUUUUUCCUUAAAUGUCUUGGAAUCCUCCUGGAUGAAUAUAUCUCAGCUGACCUUUCUGCUCUACACCACAAUUACAAUGAAAAGUGGUCAACAGUUGUAAAACUGAAAGAGAAUCAUGAUAAACCUGAACAACUCAAAGCUGAACAAACUGAACUUGAGAGAAUAUCUGAGGAACUUCAAGCUGCAGCCUUUGGUUUGGAGCACAUCAUGAGGGAGAUUGGUCAGAUCUAUGAAUCAUGUUCAUCUGUUAAUGAGAAUAAGAAAGACCUGCAGUUCAACUUAUCUUCUCUCCCGAGUCUCGCAGCAGAGAUGAUGAUCUCUGGAUUUCCACUGGAGCUGAUGGAUGGAGAUGCUGCUCAUGUUCCUGUGAUCUGGAUCUCUGCUGUUCUAGAUCAACUCGUCCAGAAACUGGGAGACCAGAGAGUCUUUGUGCUGUCAGUUUUAGGGCUUCAGAGCUCUGGGAAAUCCACCAUGCUGAACGCCAUGUUUGGACUCCAGUUUGCCGUCAGUGCUGGCAGAUGCACCAGAGGAGCUUUCAUGCAACUGCUGAUCAGAGUCUCAGACGAGAUGAAAACACAGAUGAACUUUGACUAUAUUCUGGUUGUUGACACUGAAGGUCUCCGAGCUCUAGAACUGGCUGGAAGAUCAACAAGACAGCAUGACAAUGAGCUGGCCACAUUUGUUGUUGGUCUGGGAAAUCUGACCUUGAUAAACAUCUUUGGAGAAAACCCAUCAGAGAUACAGGAGAUUCUUCAGAUUGUUGUUCAGGCCUUCAUGAGGAUGAAGGAGGUCCGACUGAAUCCCAGCUGUGUGUUUGUGCAUCAGAAUGUUUCAGACAUCACAGCUGGAGAGAAAAACAUGGAGGGAAAGAGACGACUGCAGGAGAAACUGGAUGAGAUGACAAAACUUGCUGCUAAAGAUGAAGUUUAUGAUGCAGAAUGUUUCAGUGAUGUUAUUACAUUUGAUGUUCAGAAUGAUGUGAAGUAUUUUGCUCAGCUCUGGGAGGGCAGCCCACCCAUGGCACCACCAAACCCAAACUACUGUGAGAAUAUUCAAGAAUUAAAGAAAACUAUUAUGUUUCAUGCCUCAAAAUCAGAUGGAAUGAUGCUGGCACACUUAAAAGAUCGUAUUAAAGAUCUCUGGGAGGCUUUAUUAAAUGAACGAUUUGUCUUCAGCUUCAGAAAUUCUCUGGAGAUUUCAACCUACAGGAAACUGGAGGCUGAAUACAGCAAAUGGUCCUGGAGUCUCCGCAGUGCCAUGACGAAAAUUGAGAACAAACUACACAACUUAAUAGGAAAUUCAGCAAUUCAUGAGGUUAAAGAAACUGACCUUCAAAGAGAACUGAAGACGACAAGUGAAGAAGUAAAAAAAUCAAUGUCUGAUUUUUUUGAGAAAGACACUGAUGCUGAAAUACUGAUUCACUGGAAAACAUCAUUUGAAAUCAAAAUCAAAGAUGUUCAGGAAAAUAUUGUGAGAGAAACGAAGAGGAAAUUAAAUGAGGUUCUUCAGCAGCGAGACCUGAGGAAAAAGAUUGAUGCUCAGAGGACACAUCAUGAAAACACUCUCUUUGAAAAAAGCAAAGAACUUGCCUUAAAACUCAAAGACAAAGCAAAUGAUGUAGAAACACUGAAGAAAGAGUUUGAUUUGUUUUGGAAACAGUGUGUGCAGAAGAUCAUCACAAAUACUCCUGCAAUCAAAAACAUUUACAUCAUGAGAGAUGUGAGAGACAUACUUAGCGACAUCUAUGAGGGAUGUCUCCCUGUAGACUACUGGAGGAAGAGGAGGAAUAUUUUUUCUGUGCCAGAUUAUUCAGAAUACAUAAAAAUAAAGAAAUCCGGUGGAUUUACAGGUGUUUUCACAAAUGCCAUCAGAUCAACUAAGAAGACACUUGGUUACAUUCUAUCUAAAGAGGAUGAAACCCAAAUAGGAAUGUUUGUCACAGAUGUUGCUUUGCAGACAGACAAAAUGAUUCAGUCAUUUAAUAUUUCAAAGAUGGGCUACAACAUCAGCUGCAUUCAAAAUCUAAUAGAUUACAUUAAGGCAAGAGUAAUACAACAUCAGGAAGAAUCAGUACAAUAUUUGUUCAAGAAUGAAUUCUUCAUGGAUUUGGUCAUUUCCAUCUGUAAGAGAGCAAACAAUGUGAUCACUGACCAACACAGACAGUUCCGAGAUGCCAAUGAUCCUGUAAUAUAUGUUAAGAAGAAGAGAGAAGAGUACUAUAGUAUUUUUAAAAAACAUCUUGAUGGAGCUGCAUCAGCUGCUAUUUUUGGUGAGAUAAUCUGUCAGAAGCUCAAAGAGCCUGUUGAGCAGAGUGUCUACGAGAAGACUGCCAUUGACUUAGCAGGUGAAAUGAGAACAAAUUGUCCAUCACUGAAUGGAAACAGAUCAAAUCUGGAGAAACACAUCCUGAAGACACUGGCAGACAAUGAGAACUUUGACAAAUACAUGGAGUACAUUAAAACUCCCAGAGAUCACUUCAAGAGUUUCAUCAGAGAUGAAGUCAAGCAGUACAUCACUGAUAAGUUCAGUGACAGUGUUUUACCCAAGAUGAUGGAGAACACUGAACUCUUGCAGAAGAAGAUUGUGAAAGCAGCACAUGAAUCUACAAAACAUGUUCAAGUGAACCAUGGAGGUGUUUGUUUGUGGCUGAAGAAUUUCACACAGCAGCUCUCAGAUGUGCUGAUCUUCUCUGAAAAAGACCUCAGUGGAGUGAAACAUGAUGAUGUUGAUGAUUUCAACUUACUAGAAGAUGUGAUAAAAAAAGAACUUCCAACCAUAAUGUCUGAUAUUAGCAGCAGAUUCAAAAAUGUGCCAUUUUUAGCAAAGCUGGACAACAGUGACAGACCAGAUGAGCUUCUGAUUUAUCACUUCUGUCAGUGCUGUUGGGUUCAGUGUCCAUUCUGUGCAGCCAUCUGCACCAACACCAUUGAAAACCAUGAUGGGGAUCAUAAUGUUCCUUUCCACAGAGUGGAUGGAAUUAAUGGAUGGCAUUACUCUAAUACAAAUUAUCUCUGUGCUGGUUUUUGCACAACUUUAGUGGCAAGUAAUAAAAAAUUUCGUGUAUCAGAUGACAGAUUUGCAUAUAAAGACUACCGAACAGCAGGAGGAGUUUAUGCAAAGUGGAGUAUCACCCCUGACCUCUCUGAGCUGCCGUACUGGAAGUGGUUUAUGUGUAGAUUCCGACCAGACCUGGAAAAGCACUACAGUAAAACAUUUGAGGGGAUGGGUAAGAUACCAGAUGAAUGGAAGAAAUAUACAAAACAUGACGCAAUUGAAAGCUUGAGUAAAAGCUUCAAAUAA